AUGCAAUCCCUUCUACUAGAUCGCACUUUGGGAAAUAUAACACCUUUACAAUUCGCCGCAACUAUAACAGAAAGUUAUUAUUUACAAUUAUAUCAAUCUGCGAAGCAUUCAGUCUUCCCCAGCAAUUGCCAUCAAAAUGCCCUGGUCAAUUCUUUAUCUCUAGAAUCCUCGGAUUAUAGAUUCUUAUUAAGUGGGUGUGCCGAUUCCUCGAUAAAGCUAUGGGACUUGAGGCAAGAAGAGACUCAAAGAGAAGAAAAUGAAAUUGAUGCCCAAAAGUUUGAUCAUCCAUCAUUAUAUGAUUCAUUCGAUUAUGAUAAUCCAAUUAGCACAUUUGCCAAUAUUGCCACAAUUCCUCGUAAAUCACAUCACAGUUUCGGGAUUUCUACAAUUCAAUGGUGGCCACAUGAUACUGGGAUGUUUGUUAGUCUGUCGUUUGAUCAUACGGUGAAAAUAUGGGAUACCAAUGAGUUAUCACCAGUACAUUCUUUUAACUUAGACAGUCGUGUUUAUUCAAUUGAUAUUUCCGGAAAAGAUGAUAGUGGUUUAGUUGCAACUGGUAGUGACCAACCUUUUAUUCGCUUAUUGGAUUUGAGAUCCACCUCUAGUCUGCAUACUUUACAGGGACACAAAGGCAAAACUUUAGUAGUGAAAUGGCAUCCUAUAAAUUCCAAUAUGUUAGCAUCGGGUGGGUAUGAUGGAGAAGUGAAGAUCUGGGAUAUACGACGAAGUAAUAGUUGUUUAGCACGAUUAGAUAUGCUUCGAACUAAUAUUCAAAAUACAUCAAGUGACAAUCUAACAAAGUCUUCUGUUAAAGCUCAUCUGGGGCCAGUUAAUGGAUUAGUAUGGGAUGAAUCAGGGACCAUACUAUAUACUGCAGGUAAUGAUGAUAAAGUUCGGGUAUGGGAUAUGAUAUCUUCACUUGCCCCUCCAAUUAAUAAAUUAAUCAACUUUGGACCUUUAACGAGAAACAAGUACCCUCAGACCAUUCCUAUUUUAUUAAAUCCCAAGGGAGAAAGUGAGCUACAAUAUUUACUUUUCCCUUCUGAAAGUAGUGAAGUCUUUGUAUUUCGUACAAUAGAUGGGAAAAUGGAAACAAGAUUAUCAAGAAAAGGAAGCAAAAAUAUAGGAAGAACUUGUUCAAUGGUAAAUGCAGGACCUUUUAGUGCGACUUAUUACUGUGGUACCAUGGAUGGAGAAAUAAUUAGUUGGGCACCUAAAUGGAACAAACCUGAUCUCAAUGAGAUUGUCGAUAAACUGAAUGAUUUCGAUUUGGCAACCGAGAUUUUAAGAAAACAAGAAUUUGCUGCAAAAGGGCAUGCGCUUAUGGUGUAUGAUUCUGGGCUUGGAUGA